AUGUAUAAAAUUAAUUACUUGAUUUUAAUCCUAACAUUUUUAUGUCUCAUAAAUACCUCGAGUCAACAAGAUGUUUCAUCGAAUGCUAAAUGCGGUCCUGACGUGAACAAUAAAUGUGGCAGUACUUGCUGUUCUAAAUGGGGUUAUUGCGGUACUACAACUGACCACUGUGGUGAUGGAUGUCAAGAAGGUUAUGGUGUCUGUGGCCUUGCAGUUAACAAUAAUACUAAUAUUGGUGAGGAUGGCAUACAAGUUAUCACCACUUGCCAAAAUCCUAAUAUUCUAGCGUUAACUUUUGAUGAUGGACCACGUUCUUGGACGAAUGAAUUGCUUGAUAAACUGGAUGAAUAUGGCAUAAAAGCUACUUUCUUUAUUAAUGGUCACAAUCAAUAUGAUAGUUGUAUCUACGAUUAUGCAGACAUUAUACAAAGAGCUUACUAUUCAGGCCACUUAAUCGCCCAUCACACGUGGUCUCACCCAUACUUGACAGGUUGCAGUGCUGAUGAAGUAAACUACCAAAUAACUUUCUUGAAUGAAGCAUUUAAGAAAAUUAUCGGCUGUACUCCAAAAUAUUUCCGACCUCCAUACGGUAAUGGCGUUAAUAAUACAAAUGUAAGAUCUGCUAUGAAAGCAAACGGAAUGGAUAAAAUGGUAAUAUGGGAUGUGGAUGUUCAGGAUUCUAUUAGCGGAAUCACUGAACAACAAUGUGAAGAAAAUUUCAGUAAAGCGAUUAGUGAUCAACAACCCCAUAUUGUGUUAAAUCAUGAUAGAAUUCAAUCUACAUGUGAACAAUUGGCACCUUUUGAAAUUUCUAAAGCAAUGGACAGUGGGUAUUGGUUUGAUACAGUGGCAGGGUGUAUUGGAGAUUAUGACUCAAGUAAUUGGUAUAAUUGUGAUACCGAUUCAUUCGGCACAAGAGACGAUACUUGGACAUGUAAUGAGGCCGAUAUGCAUAAUUCAUUUAACACAACACCUCAAUAA